AUAGAGCACCCAAAGGAGGAAGCAGGACAGUCCUCUUCAGUCUCAGCCGUAUCCACUCAACCGUCCCGAGGUGGGUCAGUCGUACUUAAUAGGGGUCUCAAAACUCGUGCAACCCUCCCCGUACCACGUGAUCAAAAGUACAGGGCAACCUGCACCCAUUUCUCUGCCUGCAAAGCACAGUGGAAGCCGGCAAAAUUUCUUACCUUGAGGAACUUGACAGAGAAUCGUCAGACGACGAGAUGGGUAGCGGAGCAAGUGCAGAGGAUAAGGAAAUGGCAAAGAAGUCCAAAGAGCUGGAAAAACAGCUCCAGGAGGAUGCCGAUAAAGAAGCAAAGACAGUUAAACUUCUGCUGCUGGGAGCUGGUGAGUCUGGGAAGAGCACCAUCGUAAAACAGAUGAAAAUUCUCCAUCAAGGUGGUUAUACGAAAGAAGAGCAAAUGGCGUUUAGGAGUAUUAUAUACGGCAACAUCCUGCAGUCUGCUCUGGCCAUCAUCAGAGGCAUGGAGAUGCUGGACAUCAACUACGGGUCACCAGCAUCACAGCAGGAUGGUCAGAAGCUUCAGAACCUGGCUGAUUCCAUCGAGGAGGGCAGCAUGCCCCCAGAGCUGGCAGAUGUCAUCAUAAGGCUAUGGAAGGAUUCAGGCGUGCAGGCCUCCUUUGAGAGAGCCGCGGAGUACCAGCUGAACGAUUCCGCUGGAUACUAUCUUGAUGAAAUAGACAGAAUCUGCACACCAGACUACCUCCCCACCGAGCAGGAUGUGCUAAGAUCUCGUGUCAAGACUACUGGUAUCAUUGAGGAGCAGUUCUCCUGCAAAGAGCUCUACUUCAGGAUGUUUGAUGUGGGUGGCCAGAGGUCCGAGAGAAAGAAGUGGAUUCAUUGUUUCGAGGGUGUGACUUGCAUCAUCUUUUGUGGAGCCCUGAGCGCUUACGACAUGGUGCUGGUAGAAGACGACGAAGUGAAUCGAAUGCACGAGAGCCUCCAUCUCUUCAACAGCAUCUGCAAUCACAGGUUCUUCGCCACAACUUCCAUUGUGCUUUUCCUUAACAAGAAAGAUCUCUUUCUGGAGAAGAUCAAGAAAGUCCACCUGAGCAUCUGCUUCCCUGAAUAUGAUGGUCCAAACACGUAUGAUGAUGCCAGCACCUAUAUCAAGCAACAGUUUGAGGAGCUGAACAUGAAGAAGGGAGUGAAAGAGAUCUACUCACAUUUGACCUGUGCCACAGACACAAAGAAUGUCGAGAUCGUGUUUAACGCCGUGACGGACAUUAUCAUCAAAGAGAACCUUAAGGACUGUGGUCUGUUCUAAACAGCACCGGCAAAGAUUUUUCUGCCCCCCCAUCCCCACCUGAAUGAUUGGAUCUACUCUGGUGAAGCUGCCACAGUACCAAAAGAACAUCAACAGGUGGCGCAAACUCCACAGCAAGCAGUCGAGCACGGUCAGCUGAUCCCCAGCCAAUAACAACCACAAGGUCAAAUCCAACUAAAUCAAGAUUAGAGUAAUGGGUUCUGCUCUCUAAAGGGACUCUAAAAUAAUGGAAAUAUUUUCAAACCACUUGUAGACUCACUGAGAGAAGGAUUACAAAAUGACUUUUGAUGCUACGAGUUGAUGAUGCUUGUAGAGAAAUCUCCUCUUGCUGUGUUAUAUUUGUAGAGGUAUAUAGAGGUUAGAUGUUUUUCAUUCCUUUCAAGAGAAAGAAAUGUGAUGCAACUAAAUCUGUCACUUUAGUGGGACUUCAGCCUCCCAUGGUAACAAAUUAGAAACAUUAUUUCACAUACAGAGCUACACAGAGUUUUAGAUGAACAACAAGACCUGAUGGUUUUGAACCAAAUUAUGUGAAGGAUGUUUCUUUUUCAGCCCCAAACACAGUAGGGCAGUAUGUUUUGUAAAUAAUAGUAGGCAAACAACUUUUAUUUCAAAGAAGAUUCUAUAUAUACAUGGAGAUGAACCUAUAUAUUUAUGAUACAGUAACACAAACAAUUUCUAGAAUGGCCUGUUGCUUUGUCUUAAACUUGAGGUCUGAAUUUGUGAAGAUGUUCUGGACUGUAAAUGUAGGCACAUGAAAUAAAGACUUGCAUCAAUUCCACUUGUUGCUGUUGUCGGAU